AUGGCUUCUUUCUUGAGAGGUUUCUCAAACUUUGUCUUGGGCCGCCGCGAGGCCGUCCAAGUGGCCGAAGCGGCCGAAACCACUGAAGUGGCCGCGCCGCCAUCAACACCGGCGCGGCGAUCAACAACGGCGUGGCGUUCAAGGCCAGCGCCGCCAUCAACACACGCGCCGCUAGAACUCCAAAUCAAGGAGAACUUUCGAAAGCGGCGCUGGCAGCUCCUAGACGAUGAGCUGCAGCAGGAGUACGAACAACCCUGCAUAGCCGACCUCAGCCCUCCCAGCAAACGGAGGCGCAUCCUGGACCGGCAGUUGGCAUCCCAGCCGUCGAACCGGUACUGGGAGCAAGUGAACCUGGAGGAGAAGCGGCUCCUCGAGAAGUGGGCAGCCUGCCGCAUGAAGAGGGAGCUCUGGCUCGAGGGCGAGGAGCUGCAGAAGCUGGCGCGCGAGAUCGUCGAGGACCGCUGGAUCGAGCAGGGGCUCGCCAAGAGUUGCGAAUGGUUCUGCGGGCCGGACACGCUGCCGUCGGGCAAGUGGUCGCACCAGGAGGCCAUCGGCGGCCCGCCAUUCGCCCGUCAGGAAGUGGUCCGGAAGGGUGACGUCACCCGUCCGUACUUUCAGUUCCUGAACGAGGUGGCCAUCGAGCGCGACCACAUGGAGUUCGUCCUGAGCCCGCACAUCCUGCCCGACGACAUCCGGGAGGGCGGGCCGGAGCUGGUGCCCCAGGAGGAUCCGCCCGAGGACCUGCUCAUGCACGCGUACUGGCGCGUGCGCCUGAUGCAGUGGGAGCCGCUCGGGCUGUGGCGGAGCUGCUGGGGCGACCUCCCGGGCAUGGUCUGGCAGCACGAGGUCGACGUCCGCGACACCUUCAUGGAGCACCUCGGCUACGUCAGCGACAUCCCGGCGAGCGAGCUGCGGCGGAGCAAGGCGCUCGCGGACCCGGCUAGGUUCUGGUCGCUGAGGACCGAUAUUCUGGAGCACAUGCCCAAGAGAAUAGCGAUGCGCCUGCAGAGCGUCGCCACGAAGCAAGCGGGGGUUUGGAGGGCCGAGAGAACCCAAGAGCGCAUGCUCGCGCGAGAGAAGCACCUCGCGGAGGGGCCGGAGAGGCGCCGCCAGAGGAAGAUGGCCGACAACGGAGGAGAGGCCGACAACGAGGAGGCGGGGCCGAGCAGAGACCGCAAGUCACGCGUCAGCGGACCUGACGCGGCGCAGUCUGCUGCAGAGGGCCCUGCCGAAGGAACCGGCAGCAACGCUGCUGCUGCUCCCCUCGUCGCGCUAGAUGUCCCGCAGCCAGAGGACGUCCCACAGCAAGAGGACGUCCCGCAACAAGCGGACGACGACGCCGUUGACGGAAGCGCCAGCCACUCAUGGGCGAGCCGCAGUCCGAGCAGCGUGCACGAAUACGAGAAUCCCGAGGCUUUAGAAGCUUGGGUUUCCGAUAUUCGCGCGCAUCGCCCGGCAGCGCGUCCAAAGGCUGGCACGCCUCCUCCUGCUCAGGACUCGCCAGCAGAGGCCGCGGGUCCUCAGGCUGGCACUCCUCCUCGCGAGCGAACCAGCGCCUCUCUCGAACGCGCUCGGGGCUCCGGAUCCAGGUCAGGAUCCCCCACCGCCGCGACGGCGCCGCCGCAAGAACAAGUGCGGCGACCGUCUCUUGCUCGCUCUCGGGGCCCCAGGCGGGACACCCCCAUCCCCGCGGAGCCAGGGCAAGGACGGCGACCGGGACAAGCCGCCGCCGCCGUCGCCGCCGCGCCGCCGCCCAUGGAGCCGAUCAGCGAGGAGCGGGAGAUCCCGCCCUCGCAGGCCUCUACCGGCAGCGGCGCAUACGGCGACGAGAACGCCGAGGUCAGUGAGCAGCAGCUCGUGGCGCCGGUCCGCGAGGAGUGGGAGAACCCGCCCUCGCAGGCGUCCGCGAGCAGCAGCGCGUACGGCGACGAAAACGACGCCGACGCAGCCGACCUCGCUGCGAUAAAGAAGAGGCUCCAGGAGGUGCAGCAUGCAGCGCAGCAGGUGCUGUUUGCGAACGCGGAGCUCGCGGUCGAGUUCGAGGCCGCGCAGAGGAAUCGCCGGCGACGGGCUGCGGCCGCCCGUCGUCGGAAGAGGAGCACGAGGGGAGUCUCCCCCUCGGGAGACUCCCACCAGCAACGCCGCGUCCUCGCGCCCGUGCCCUCGACGCAGAGGGUGUCCAAGAACAGGGCGGUAGCCAGCGGCAGCGCGCAGCGGCAGCAGCUGGUCCGGUCGAUUGAGUCGCCGGACCACCUGCGCGCGUCGCCGGCCUCCCCCGGGCCAGAGACCCCGCCCUCCGUCGUCACGGUCAUCCACCGACGGCGCGUGCGGACGCCCACCCCGGCACCGGCCACACUAGGCCGGUAUGUGCCCACCCCUCCCCCCGCCCCCGCCGCCGAAGAAGAGCACGCUCAGAUUGGGCAGCGUGCCGGCGACGAUGACGAUCUCGAGUCGCUGACGAGCGACUUCGAGAUCUGGGAGGACGGCAAGGGACAGCCGCAGGAAGGGCAGACGGAAGCCGUGGUCAAGGAGGACAGCCCACAGGAGCGGACUGUCCUGGAGAUCUUGGCGGCCCUUCCUUGGAAUCGGGAGGAGAGCCGGGAGGACGCACCGCCUCGUGAAGAGGGCCCAGCCGCUAGGCGGCUGAGGGAGGAGGAUAUUCCGCAAGAUGCGGACUUUGUCAUCCGGGAAGACCCCCCGGUUGUCAACCUGGAUGUGCCCACGGAAGAGCCGAGGAUCGAGUUAUCCCCAAGGGCUCGGGCCAGACAACGCCGCCGCGAAUCCGCGGAGCGGCGAGCGUUGCAGCCUCUUCGCAGAAGCAAGAGGAACAUCCGAACACGGUAA